CAGACGUCUCUGAAACCAAACCAUUUCCUCCUCAUUUUUCCCCGACUGAGUUUGGUAUCUUACAUGUGCUAAGUCUAACAGCCAGUGUAUUCCCGCGUUUCCGCGAGUGGCGGUCGUAUCUUCUUUUGAUGGUGCGUAGAAGGUUGCGUUGUUCAGGUUCGCAUGGUGUUCAUCUUGUUCCUUGUUAAACUUGGCACACGACUUAGCUCUCACAAUGGCUAGAGGGGUUCUGAAUGGGCAUCAUGAACAUGACAAUGCCGAUGACCAUGAUGAAAUGGAGACAGAAGAGGUCAGACGAAGGGAAGGAAGCAUUGUAAAGAUAAGGAUGAAGGAUUUCAUUACCUACGACAGCGUUGAAUGUAUUCCUGGAGAGUCCCUGAAUGUUGUCAUUGGUCCUAAUGGGACAGGAAAAUCUACAAUUCUCAGUGCCAUUGUUCUUGGACUUGGCGGAAAGCCCUCUCUCUUGGGCAAACCUCAAGCACAGAUCCAGGAUUUUAUUAAAAACCAACGCCAAGAAGCUGAAAUUGAAAUAGAGCUAUUACGCCAAAGAAAAAAUACUGUUAUUAAACGAACCAUUCAUAAAAGUGGGAAAAGUAUUUGGCACCUGAAUGGAAGACAAGUUAGUGCUAAAGAUAUUGAAACUGAAACAAAAGCACUAAACAUACAAGUUGACAACCUUUGCCAAGUCCUUGCUCAAGACAGGGUGCAGGAUUUUGCUAAACUGAAUAGGCAAGAGCUUCUUGCUGAAACCCAAAAAGCUAUUGGUAAAGAAGCUAUGGCUGACAUUCACUCUAAACUCAAAGCUCUCCAAAGAAAUCAGAAUAAUCUCAAAAGUCAAAUUGAAGGGGAAAAGAGGAAAUUUGAAACUGAGCAAGGUCACUAUAACAGGCUGAAGGGCGCAGUUGAAAAAAUAACUAAAAGAAGAGAUAUCGAGGAACAAGCCAAUGUUAGCAAGUUGAAGUUAAGCAUUUUGCAGUAUAAGGCCAAGAAGGAUGAAGCAGACCGUUACAAGGAAAUGAAGAAAAAUGCAGAGACAGAAGUAAAAAGAAUUGAUGCUCAAAUUGAGCCCUUUAAACAAAAAAUUGCAGAAGCUGAAGAAAAGUUCAGAAGUACCAAAAACAGACAGAGUGGCAUGGAGAAGAGAAUCCGUAUGCAAAUGAAGAAAGUAUCUGAUAUAAGAAAUGAUCUUGAAAAUGGGCGUGAUGAUAUUCUUGGGCUUGAAGUAGACAGGGAAAAACAACUUAAAUCCACUGAAUCUCAACAGCAGAAAGAAGAUGAUGCUAAACAGUCCAUUAGUAAGCUUCGGAAUGAUAUAGAAGCGCAAGAGCGAAUGCCUGCUCAGGAAAUUGCAUCAAAGAUAGCGAAAUUGAAAGAGGAUAUAGCCAAAAUACGUGAAAAGAUUGACAGAACUUCAUUAAAGAAGUCUAACAUUGCGUAUGAAAUUUCUGAGCUAAAAACAGAUCUUUCUAAUGUGAAUAGAGAACUUGGAGUUGUAGAGAAUCAAAGAGAAAUGCGAAUGAGAGUUCUUCAAGACGCCAAUCAUAAUGCCUAUCAGGCAGCUAAAUGGGUUGAAGAAAAUAGGAACAAAUUUGAGAAACCAGUGUAUCUACCAAUGAUUGUAGAAUUAGAUGUCAACCCCAAGUUUGCUAGAUAUGUGGAGACGGCUAUUGGCUACAAUGAUUUAAUUGCUUUUGUAUGUGAAUCAGCAGAGGAUACUAAAAUUAUUGUAGAUAACUGCAGGAAAAGAAUGGGAUUGAAGGUGAAUGUACUUCAAGCUGAUCCUGCAGCGGGACCACCACCUGGACCUCAAAUUCCUUUAGAGAACCUUAAGCGUCAAUAUCAAGGAUUUGAAGGUUACUUGAUAGAUUAUGUUAAAGGACCAAGCACCUUGUUAAAUUUCCUCUGCCAAAGGAAACGGUUUAACAAUAUUCCUGUAUCUCGUGGAGAUGUUGAUGCAGAUUCACUGCAAAAGUACUAUGCUGGUGAUUACAGUAAAGGUCACACCAAAUCUCGCUUCGGCAAUGGCUUAAUGUACAACUCAGAUCCUAUAGGACAUGCCAGAUUUUUCAAAUCGAAUAUUAAUGAUGUUGAUGAAGAUGCAUUACGGAUGAGGGCUGAACAAAUAAAUAACACAAUUGUUUUCAAAGAAAGUGAAAUUGCCAAGGAACAAGAAGAAAUAAACAAAUUAGGAAGACACAGACAACUAAUGAGAGAUGAGGCUGCCAAACUGGAAACUUCCCAGACAACUCUCAAAACUAUGAAAUUCCAUCUCGCGCAAAAAGAAAGAGAAUUGCUAGGAAUUAUGAGAAACAGGGUGGACCCUGAAAUGAUUAAAGUGGAGUUUGCAAAACGAAUAAGAGAUGCAGUUUUGAAACUGGCCAGUCAGCAUGAGCCUUUCUUUCAAGCCCUAAAAGAUCUUGAUAAUCUUGUAAUUGAAAGUCAGACUUUGGAGUUUGAAGUUGCGAAUGCAAAGGCCCUCAAGAACAGCUCUCAACGUUUGUGCUCUGCUGAGCAAGAAGCUUUGGAAGUAGCUAAGAAAAAUUUGGAAGCUAUAAGUAACGCAUUGGCAGAUAGACGCAAGGAAGCGCAAGAUUGUCUUACUGAAAUAACGAGGACACACAAGAAACAGGUUACUAAGUUGUGGGAAGAAAAUGAACAAAUUUUUGCCACCCUUCCAAACUCUGUUGAAGAACUAGAGAACCAUAUUGAGGAUAAAUUAGCUCAUGCAGCAAUGCUUGGUGGGGGAGAUGAUGCUGACCAGAUUAGAAUCUUUGAAGGACAUGUAAGGAUGUUAGAAAUCCUCACCAAGAGUAUUGCCUCCAAAGAAGCUGAAGUAGCCAGCAUAACUGCAAAUAUGGAAACACGUGAAAAUGAGUGGAAGAGAGAGCUCAAUGAGUUAGUGGACACCAUUUCUGCAAAUUUCAGUAGAUAUUUUGCUGAGAUGAAGUGUGCAGGUUCAGUGGAAUUGUUCACAGGAAAUAGUGAUCAUGAUUAUGAUAAUUAUGGGCUAAGAGUGCGUGUCAAGUUUAGAGAUUCAGAAGAGCUCCAAGACCUCAAUGCUCACACUCAGAGUGGUGGUGAAAGGGCAGUGUCAACUGCAAUUUUCAUGCUUUCCCUUCAGGAGUUAACGCCUGCACCCUUUCGGCUUGUGGAUGAAAUUAAUCAGGGUAUGGAUGCAAUUAAUGAGCGCAGGGUAUAUGAACUAUUGUUACGUAGCACCAGCCGCCCUGGUACUCCUCAAUACUUUCUUCUUACCCCCAAGCUCCUUAAAGACAUGAAAUAUAAUCCAGGCACUACAGUUCUGUGUGUGAUGAAUUCUGCUUGUGCCCCUAGUCACAAGACUUGGGAUAUGAAACGGUUUAUUGCAUUGCGAAAGGAGGAAGGUUCACAAACUAUAUUAUAACUGUUCCAAAUGCUCAUUUCAUUUAUUCUUUUGAUUCUGUUCUUUUAUAUUUUUACUUUUUUAUUAGUACUGCAUUCUUAUGCUAAUAAAGAUUCAAUUUGAAAUAA